AGCCAAUCGUCUUCCUCCGAACACGGAACUGAGAAAGAAGAGGGAAUUUUUCAGUUUGUUUACAUCGCGGGAUGAGAAGCUUCUCUUCAGGUCUGAAGGUAUAUAGAAUUAAAGUCUUUUGCAGACUUCUACACUUUAAAAGUCAAUUGUGAAAGCUGUACUCCUUGUUUAUAAGUUAGUCUACUUAAAACGACUUAGUUUAGGUAAAAGCGGCAGUAAAAGAAUAAACUUACCAACAGCUGGAACAACGUUAGCUCGAAAGCUGUGUUAAUUUAGUGUUUUCACGGUGUCGGAAAACGUCGGCUGACAGGUAAAAGUUGUACUUUUGAGGCUCACGGACACCCCAAGAUUGAACUGACACAAGUCUUCAUGUGAAGGCUACCUGUAGUAGACUGAAGGAAAUACUGGCAUCCUGUGGUCUGGUGGAGUUGUUACACCUAAGGUGAGUUUGUGUACGACAGGUGAGCUGUCAGGUAAAGCUAAGAAAUUCACUCUUAUCUAAAAAAAGAGAAAUAACGGCGUUUUUGUGUGUUUCAUAGACCUUCACGCUCAUGACACACCAUGUAUACUGUUUUAGACAUACACACUUAAACUUUCGCUUUAUCUGCUAUUUCAUUUGUUAUUUUAGCUACAGUCUACUCUUUAUCUUCGUUAUUUUAUUUUCGGCCCUGCUUAAAACUAAUACAGUAAAAUUAAUACAAAAUCAGCGUUUCAAUAAGAAUAUGAAACAAAAAUCUGUAGGUUUAAGCGAAUUCCAUGUGAUGGUAGCUGAUUUUCUGCAUUGUAUAUCAUUAUUUAGGGUAUAUCUUAAAUUAAUUGGGAUAAACAGCCUGCAUUGACAGCCUAUCCUACCUUUGGAGUUUAUAAGUUUUGUCAAGCAGAGUUAAAAUAGUUGCCAAAAAAGGCCAGCCUUUUUGGAACUAAAAUCUACUUUCCCCAGUCAGCCAAGAUUUGCACCAGUUUAAUUUUAGUGUUGUGGACACACACACACACACACACACACACACACACACACACACACACACACACACUGUUCACAUAUGUUAAAAUAAAAAUGAAAAACUGAAAAGUAAACCAAAUACAGGCCUGAUGGGGUCACUGUCUUGGAUGCAGCUCCAAAUUCAUCAAAUAUGAUUUUUUUUAAAGAAAGGAAUUUGUUUUUUGUAAAGUUUAAUUUGGGUUAAAGACAAACUAUUUAAAGAUUGCAUGUUAUUUUUGUAGGGAGUUGGGCCUGGUAUUUCCCCUGAUUUCUGAAUGUUUGAACAAAAAUAAAAACGAUAAGAUUUGCAGUUUAUUGCUAAUAAUACUGUUAGUUGCAAUUUUAACACACAGUUAAAAUGGGUUCAGCCACAUGCUGCUACAACAAGUUAUAUGCAUGGAUUAUCCCAGGUAAUGACUGCCAUUCUCUCAAUUUUACUAUUUUAUGUUUCUGGCCAAUAAGAAAGAGUUUGUUAGACUGUGUCAUGCCCAUAGAAUUACAGAUGAUUCUUUUAAAACCCUAAUAUUAUCCCAUAUUUUUCUACUCUAAUUACUAUGGCGAGACAAAAAUCAGUUAGUCCGUUGCAAUAAAAUUUGACUCAGCCAACACCAUGAAAUGGCAACAAUGUUAAAGUGACAAUUGAAGUUUAGUAUUGUAUUUCUCAGUAGUAAUUAUUAUAUUAGCGUAAUUAUUUAAAUGUAAACCCCCCCAAAAAACUUCAAUGUCAAUAUGAUAUUGACAUUAUAUAUAUACUACAUUGGCCAACCUGCUCUCAGCAUCAACAUAGGUCUUUGAGGAACCAAUAUUGUUGGACCACUAAUGUUUAUUUGUGAUGAAUAAGUUUCUGUGAGUAAAACAAGAUUGGAUACCAUUACUCUAAAGAAGUUGUAUAACUCUUCCUUUUAUGACUGUAACUGCCUCACCAGUACAUAAAUCUCUUUAAAUCUUGGUGUUCUUGAACAUACUGCUGCACACAGAAGUAAAAACUGAUGUUUAACUUAUUUGAUUAGACUGAAAUAAUGUCAACAAUCUCAUAAUUGGAACUGCAAACUCACCUUGACCCAAAGUACACAAGCUUAGUUUGACAAGUCUUCAAAGAUAAUAUUUGACCAGUCACAUCUCGUUCCUGCUCCAAAAUGUGUACAGCAACGACCCGGGCUGCUUUCGUGUGUGUUUAUGUGUAUGUACUCAUGUUUUCUUUUUUUUUUUACCCUGUGACAUGCAUUUGCACCUACAUAUGCAUAUCUUACACCCAUGUCAUGCCCACAUAUCCUAUGCCCAUGUUUUACUGUAACUGUGUGAAAGAAACUGUGGCUGAGACUGUGUGCUACCUAGAGCAAUUGGUUUGUCUUUAGCCCUGCUUUACUCAAAACUUGAGCCUCCAGCUCAAGUCAACAAGGAGUGUUUGUUCCUGAUUUGGUAGGUAUUUUUCCUCCUUGAAAAUGAGUAUUUAUAUAUUCACAUCAGUAAGCCAUAGGGGCUUUCCAGCAGAGAUGAUGGCAAGACAUUAAACAAAUUGUGUGCAGCGAGGUGAUCAUAAAACACAACCCUGUGGUGUCUCACACAGACCUGUCAUUAAGGCAAAAAACAACAAAUGCGCACACACACCAUCACACACCAUUCCCAGGCUUUAAACAGCCACAAAAUACAUCUGUAUGCACACUUGUGAUCUGCCCCCCUGACACAUACACUCACACACAUACACACAGUUUCCCCCUCAUCAUCAUAAAAGGUGAAGAAUGUUGUGUUUAUUUCUCAGUAGGCCGCCAUGAAUGUGUUCGUGUGAAGGUUUGAUCGCCUAAAGCUUUAAAGUUUGAUGGUUAGAUGGUAGUAAUAAGAGCUCAACAUAGCCAGAUGAACCACGUAUGCCUCAUUUUAUUUUCCACCUAUUAUAACCUUUAAUUUCUGUAUCAUUAUUUACUUCUGCUCUGAUGCAAAAUAGAGGAAGAUGUGGGCCACACAUGCACGAUAGAGUAGAGUCUACAGAUGCAGUGGAAGGCUGUUUUUUAGGUCUGUCACUGACUGAUCAUUUUCAUGGUGACCCAUAGUUUUCAGUUUUUAGUGAGACCAAAGAUUUACUAAAACAUAUAACAUCUUCCCACCAUAUCAGUCUGACUGUUAUUUGGAGACUGCCUGGUGGCUUUUCCGUAUCGCAUUAGCCCAGCUUGCAGUUUCUAACAAAAGUUAUCCAACUUAGUAUUGAAGCAAUGUUUGACCACCAAGGCUCUUACAUGACCUUAGGAAAAGCUUGUGUCAACUUUAUGAGGCAGCAGAUUUUAGUUUAUCUAGGUAUAAUAUUGGGUUAUAAUAUAUGUGUAUUUUGGUAUCCCUCUUAACGAAGAGGGAAAGACGGGUGAGGAGAUGGAGGACGGUUCAGAAGUUGUAGCGGCUGAACAGCGGCUAGAGUAGACGAAGUUAAUGAGGGAGGGGGUGAGCAGCUUGUGGAGUAGUUAUCGUCCAUUUAUCAUUAUCGAGGUGAACUCUUCAAUAUAUUGUGAUAUUUAUUUGAGGUCAUAUCGUUCAGCCCUAGAUAAAUUUAUCAAAGAGUGCAUAAAAUUAAUUUGUGAAACUCACAAAGCAUAAAGUGUGUCUUCUGUUUUUUUUUGCCUGUACUUGUUAAAAGAAAAAAUUUGGAUAAACAGUGACUUGCUUUGUUAUGUUAAAGAAUAGACGCUCACUUGAUGCAAACAACUAAGUCAAUGGCAAGUUGCCAAAAACAUUGAUUUUGAAAUAAUUGUAUUAAUUUAUGUAUUCACCUUGAAAAAAAGUCUCACCAAUUUAACAGUCAGUAGCAUUUUCAUGGCAAUGUUCCUCCUGUUCUUAUGGGGCGAAUUGAAUAGAUUAAGGUGGGUGAAACUUCAGCAGGAAUAUUUAUCUUAAUAUUUCCUUAAUCACAUCUCCUUCUUGUCAGGGCUUUGCAAUGGCACAUCAUUAAAAAUAGAUAAAUAAAUGUCACAACUUGUAAUAUAAAUGCUAUUGCUGGUUUUAGUCACUAUAUUACAAUCAGUAUCUUAGAGUUGCGCUAACUGACUUUGCUACCUUUGGGCUGAAUCCAGUAUUGAGGAUAAUAAUAUAAUAUAAUAUAAUAAUUGAUAAGUAAUGUUUUGCAACAGUGUCAACAAGCAAAUAUGCUGCAUGCUGGACCCCGUUCUUGAAUUGAUUUGAUUUGAUGUGUGUGACCAGGUUGUCCCUAACAUUGAUUUUGCUAUUAAGAAUUGUUGACACCAUUGUAAUGAAAAAUCAAGCAUUCAAUAAUAAAGUAUGAUGAUAAAAUAUGUGAAAAGAUGAGAUUAGUAAGAACAGGUGACUAUGUGUUGUGUUUUCUUUAAAUCCUUGAACCUGAUUGUGAUUUUGUUUUGUUUAGGAUGUUGCCUUGUUCUUAAGAACAUUUACCUGGACAAGCAGAACAUGUCUCAGCUGCAGCUUCAACGGACAGCAGAGGAGCCCCUUCUGAACAUCCAGCAGAUGCAGUUCUGGCUGGACAAAGCUGCAACAUGGGGCCAGGCUGAGAGCCCAGACCUUCAGAAAGACACCUGCCUGCACUUAAGCAGACUGAGGGAUUUCCUUCAGCAACUCCUCACACACAUCGAAAGCAUGGUGAGUAGGCUAUAACUUUAUACUCUUGAGUGACAUAUAAGAUGGUCCUAGCUCUUCAUUUCCUACAGGCUUUUAUGUUUGACAGGGUUGAAGCAACAAAACUAAAUUUUUCCUCACCCCUUUUUAAUAAAACUUCAACAUUUUUUCGAAUCUGCAUUUUCUUUGUAAAAACCUGCUCCGUGACAGAGUUAAUUCAAUCACCAGCACGUCUUGUACACACACAUGCGCACUCUCAAAUAUGCAUACGCUCACUCUUUGUCAGAGCCAAAGCAUGAACAGUACGUCCAACAUUGGAAGGGUUGCACUAACAGAGGCUGCUCUGUGCUGUGCAGAGGCUGGCUGGCAGCGCUGCAGUGUUGAGUUAGUCAGGUAAUAGCCGCAUUGGGACCUUCAGCGCUAACCUAAUGUAUCCCUAUAUCAGGUCCAGCAAAUUUGGGAAGGGGGCAGAGAACAGGAGGGGUGCGGGACUGUGAGAUCUCAGUGUUAUUAUGUCCUUGACUCAUGGCUCCAGCUCUUGCUCCUCAGAACUCUUUUUACAACUACUCUUCUAUCACAUGAUGUAUUUUUUUAUGCUAGCCUUACAGUCUUUAUGCUCUUGCAGUUUUCAGUGAUUCUCUAUAUCCCAUAUGUUUUACUGUAUAACUUUUAUUUGGGCAACAUUCCAUAUAGUUUUAUAGAUUCAGCACCGUCUGGCUGAUACUUACCGUAUAGUGGUCUGUGUCCUUCUCUGAUAGCAUAGUAUGUCAUGUAAAGGUUUCAGCAUGUGUAGGAUGAUGGAGCAGAUACAAAGAAAGAGAGAAAGAAAAGCAAUAGUAUAGCUUAAUUGGGCUGGAGUCCUUUUUACUGGCAGUGAUCUCAUAAAAGACCAGAUGAGGAUAUCCUGCUUCUUGGCAGCAUUCAGCAUCCUUUGAUGACUUCACAACUUUCCCGUGGCUUAUGCACAAAGAUGAGGAAUAGCCUCAACUAUUUCACUUCUCCAGGUUUACAAUAGGGUUAGAUAAGCAAAGGAGGUUUCCCAUCUUAAUCUUGCACCUCUUGAAAGAAAGACCCAAGUGGGCACGUCAGAAGAAUGUGAUAACUGGAUCAUAAUGAAUCAAGUGUGAACAAAAGCAGUUGACUGAUAAUUGGGUUUGCAGAAAUAACCCCCUUAACCCGACAACAUCAACACAAGAGCAGGACUUGGCUGUCCUGACCUUAAUGCUUUUUGACAGUUUUUGUUCAUUUCAGCACUUAUCGGACUAUUUUUGGUGCGUUCUGCAGUAACAUGAUGACAGAAAGGUGCUGAUAAUGGGUCUUUGUAUUUAUAGUCUCCCCUGCGGGUGCAGCAGUGCGUGUGACAGCUCAGUGGAAAGUUGUGCUUCAGGUCAUUAACAGACAGUCCUCCCGUGCUGCACUGUUUAAGUUCACUUCACGAAAAAAAAAAAAAAUGUUUUCAUUACCUAAUUGUGCUAUAAGCUGUUGAUGGAUAAAAGGGAAAACAUCUCAAGUGAAUGUAAAAGUUUAAAUGAUAUCGUGGUUAUUUCUCACUUUCAUUUAGAUUUUCUGACAAAUAACUGGCACAUAAAUUCUGUCUGAGAAACAUGUUUUUUGGUUUCUAAGAUGCAUUGUAGAUUUUGGAAACAAUAAACACCGCUUCAUUACUGAGUGCUGAGGCUGAACCCUAGCCUCUCUGAACCCUGGAUGCACACUUCAGCAACUUUUUUUUUUUUUUUUUUAACUUAAUUGCCUUUGAUGCACAUUAGCAGGCAAUUAACAUCACAAAAGAAUACAGGAAAAAAAAAUCUUGAGAUUGGGUCUAAUCUGUACAGAAGAGGAUAAGGGGCACUGAAAAAAAAACAGGUCUUAUAUAAUUUAAAAAAAUAUAUAUAUUCUGAGACAAAAGUCAGGAAGUCAGAAUAUUGACUUUUUAAUCUCAGAUUAUGAUUUUUAACUCAGAAUUCAGACUUUUUUUGUCUAGUGGCCCUUAUCCUCUUCCGUACAUUUGGCACAUAGAGAUAGCACUGUAAGAGGUAGAGCAAAUACCUUAUCUCGUUCUGUAACUCCAAAACAAAAGGGGUAUUUAAGACAAUGAAAAUAGUAAAUGAAUCAAGAGUAAUGUAUAAGAGUCCUAGGCAAGAUAAUCAAUAACUGGGGUCCACCUUCUCAUAAAAAUAGGUACUUUUAGCUGUAACUAGGCAGUCGUAUACUCCAUCAUGUAAACAUGCUACACUUCAAUCUCUUAUGUGUCUUUGUCGCCAGAUGAGACUUGAGUUCCUAACCAAACUCAAUCAGUGAUAUCAUGAUAAUAACUCGUAUAUCAUUUCAGAAACCAUUUGACACAUUGAAUUCUGCUUUUUUAACACUGUAACACUUUGACAAGAAGCCCACGAUAUAAUGGCCACAAACCUAACACAAAAGUAUCUGUCAUUUUUAUAUUAUUUAUAUUAUGUACUCUUGGCCAAAGGUAGGGUUAAGCUUUUGCUACUAUAUAAACAAAUCGAAAAAAGACAUUGAAAUACAGUGCACUGUUAUCUGUCUGGCACUUGGUCUUUGAAUUACUUGAAUAAGUUUCCUUGUUAGACUUGUUACUAGAAGGUUGUGAUACCUUCAAAUCUGUUUCAUAAACACACUUUUCAAAAUGAUCAACUCUUCCAUGAAAGUGCGCCUUAUGCAUUAGCCACAAGGCUUUACAUUACCCUCUGUAGAGUUUCUCUCACAUUUGCUACACCACAUCUCCAAGGGUCUGUUUGGAAAGUCCAGCUGUCCAUGAUAAGAUGAAUGCAGGGUGUGGGGUAUUCAGCACUGCACUCCAGUGUAUAUUUAUAUGCUCACCAUAGUAACUUUGCUAUUUAGCAAAGCCACUGUGAUUGUAGUUUGAUGAUGUCAGGGACAGAAGUGUUUCCUCACUUUUCUCUCCAUUGUUGUUUAUAAACCCAUAUGCCUCACUGGCUGCACUUAAUUAUUCACUUUUGUUCGACAUGUCUCUCUCUAAUCAAGACGAGGCCCGCAUUUUUUAUAAUCAGGGACAGUGACGAUGAUGCAGAUCCAGAUUUGGCCCUGAUAGUCAGCGAUAAUUACUUUCUGUUGCGAUUGCCCAUUGUUAUCAGCACUUCUGCAGUCACAACACAUAAAGUCUAUAUCAUAAAUGAACAUUCCUGUUAAGUUGUAUCACCAACACCCAAGCACAGACUCACACAGUGUUUAUGUGUUUCAGGGUUGAUAAGCAGGCUGAGUGUAAGGGCUGUGUUUCAGACAGCAUUGCUAGUGUUAAUGGGGGGCACAGUACGGGCAUUUAGACCAUUUUAAUUCUGCUUCCUGUAAAUGGUGACCUUAUCUUCCUCUUUAGUGAGUCCAGGUUGUCUCUUUUUUGUCGCAUGCUGUUUCUGACACCGUUUUUUAAAUUAUAGAUAAUGAUAUUAAAUGGCAUAAUAAUGCGAGUACACCGUGUCAAAAGUGAUAAACUUUAAUUUUACCCACGACGAAGACGUAACGUUGACGAGCUAAACAUAAGUCGGAGAUGACUAAAAUGUGACGAGACGAAAGUGCGUUUACGUUGAUGGGACGAGACGAAAAUGACGAACAGAGUUGCAAAACUCAGUCAGUUAAACGCUUAACAUAUAGGAGCAGCUUAGGUCCUCUCUGACAGCUCUCAUCAGCCUGCUGUGCUCCUCCAACACACAGACACACAGGAGCGCGCGCGCAAACACGUGGACUUUUGUGGUUGACGAAAACAAAACUGGUUUAAAGCCGAAAUAUUCCCACACUUGGGCUGUUGCGUUCGGUUUAGACACCAAAGCUGUCGUGUUCAUUCUGUUUGCUUGCUUUUCACUCACUACGCUCACUUGCAGCACUGUAUCCAAAAGUCUGUGUCUGUGUGCCUGUGCGCGCCUACGUGUACCUGUGCGCGCGCCCCCCGUGACAAAGACACUGAAUGACUGACAGGAGGGUUCACUAACUCCGUUCAUUCCGCUAUAGAGCCAACGCCCCCAGGUGCCGAGAAAAAUGCGCAGAGUGAGACCUCUUCUCUCAUCCAGCGUGUUUGGUAGCGAGAGAGGAGGAACGCACGUUAAUUAUCGAGGCUGGCAAAAUGACCGACCUCGUUUUUAUUUACCGAGCGAUAAGGCGAUUUAUUGAUUAUCGCGACAGGCCUAAUGGUGACCUUAUCUUCCUCUUUAGUGAGUCCAGGUUGUCUCUUUUUUGUCGUAUGCUGUUUCUGAUCCCACUUGACGUAAGUUAUCCUGUUGUAAUCUAAUGCUGUCGCAAAGCUUUUCCAUUCACUUCUUCUAUUUUUUUCUCUUUUCAGAGUCCUUCUCAUACCUCACAUGCACCACAGCACUUCUUCUAAUUGUGUUAAAAAUGCAACUGUUCAAAAUACUUUGAAAUUGAGUUAUGGGUGAGAUGCAUUCAAGGAUUAGUUUAGGGUCUCUAACUCCAGAUAAGCAGUGUGCAGAAUUUUCCAAGCAACAAGUGUAGAAAACUGAGACACUCUCCUUACCAGUCUAGUUUGAAUAAGAGGUCCUGAUUCCAUUCUUCAGGAUUGAAAUAGGGGUUUAAAGUGGAUGAAAGUUUUACCUAGUAUGACUUUGUAAGAGAGGUAACAGACUUCUAAAAAAGCAAUAUUAAAAAAAGAACUGCUGCUUUUUAAAGCCCCUCAUAAAUCCUAGGAUUGCAAUUUUAAAUCACUGUUCUUGUUUUUCACAUAUAAGGAUCAUAUGAGGUCCUGAUCACAGCAGGCUGAAUCAUCUUUCAAGCAUACUGCUUCAAUUACAACUGGUUUAUUAUGUCAGAUUUCUUUGUGUGGGCCUCUCCUGCAUUGAAACUGUUCUCUUGGCUUUAAUUAGCCCUUAGAUGAAACGAAUGAUAUAGUCUGUUAAUAUGGGAUGGAAACGAGGUAAUACUGUAAAUGCACAUAAACAUGAUUCCCGCACAUGUGUGCAGAAAUGCUUGUAAAUGAAAGUAAUACAUCACCACUUUAAUCUGUUUCCUUUGUUCCCCCUCAGUCAUCCUAUUGUAAAACAUCAUGUGCUCUGUAUCAGUGACUGUAUCAAAUUAAACCCAAGUAAUGAAUACAUGGAACAAAAAUAACGUAAUACACCUGUGUAUUAACAGACUAAUCCUCCUAAAAAUAUGUCUUUAUAUCUGCACAUAAAGGCAUAUUCCGGUGUAAAUUUAAGUUAUGGUCCAACACACCUUAACUCCGAGUUAGAAACCCUGUCAAGAGAUAAAUGUUGCCGACCGCUUGCUUCUCAAGUUAUACCAACUUUAGCAAUGACCGCACGAUGGCAAUACACAGCGGUCUACAUCUCCAUGCCUCAAACCUCAACCAAAACGCCACUCUAUAGCCACUAAUAAUGUUCAGAACAGCACGUAACUUUAUCAACAGUACAUAUAGGGUCCCAGCCAUAUUACUAGCCAUCAAACAUCUUUUUAGCUUUGCCUGAUUUCUUUCGCAAAGAGACUAAACACAACUCACCUACUCUCUUCCAGCCUUGAUGAGUCGAUCACCGAGAGCAGCGGAUCAUUUCCAUGAAGUAAUAAUCAUCAUAUUAAUCAUUUUGCACUGUAGACACGGCAGUUCUUCUGCCUUAGCAUCUCGGUCCGAUUGCAUUUCCAUGAAGUAAUAAUCAUAAAUGUUCUUCCUUGAGCUGCGAAACUCCGCUGCACUCGGUAAUCGACUCAUCAGGGCUCCCCCUGUUUGACCAUAACUUAAAUUUACGCCGGAAUAUCCCUUUAAGUUAUUUUUCUUCAGCUUGGUUUAAGUGUUCGAUCAACAGAAAUGUAUUUUUUGUUAUGCUUAAAACAACAACAAAACAAACUGGUUAUGCUUAACAGGGAAACUUGUUCUACUAAUCACUCUUUGCUUGCCGUUUUUGUGGUGCAGUAUUCCAUUUUAGCUAACGCUGAAUGGUUUAAAGACCCCUUCACAAACGGAGAUACAAGUACCUCUAAGAGUACUUAAGAGAAUUGCAGGAGUCUUUUGUGAAAACCCUCAUUCAUGCACAUUAAUCAUCCUUGUACAUUUUAAAUGUGAUAUUCUGUUUCCAAAACAAACUGAUGACUAUAAUCUGCUGUAAAGAACAUAACCAGUUCAAUCUCUUUGCUUGAACAUUAUGCUUUCAUGAAGCCAGUUUAAUGAGCGUCAGCUUACAGCGAGGGAAUUAAUUUGUGGUCGCAACAUCUCAACGCAGCUUUUAAAGAAGAAGCUGAUUUUGUAGUAGACACAGAGCUCAAAAAACACAGUCAGUUUCUAGAUAAAAAAGUUUCACACUGUUUUUAAAUUUGUUCUUUUUGUGUUUCUUGAGAAAACCAUACACUGACUGUGGCCUGCUUUACCUUUCCCCUCACUGUCAUCUUUUUUUCCACAAAACACUGGUCGGGGCAGGGGGCACAAAGCUGAAAAAAAGCUUCAAGGGGUUACAGAAAAAAAGUUCAGGAUCUACUUCUGUAGAUUUUUGUUGUUCAUUUCUCAACGAGCUGUGCUGACAUAAAACUGGAGUCUCUCCAGUCUCAGAUUUUACAACUGAAGGUCCUCUGGGAAAGUCUAAUAUUUUUCAAAUCUUAACGGCAAAAAACUCAGGAUUAAAGCUUUUUACGUUCUUAAAUACUGUGUCUGCUUUAGCAUGAAACCUUCUGGAUGUUUUAAUUGGCUGUGAGGUGAAAUGAAUCACAUGCUCUGUGUUCCUGACUGAGCAGGAUAAACAGGGUCAGACACACACAUACUAAAACCUUUACAGGUAUAGCACUCAUGACCAGAGUCCUGUUCUGCUUUGUGUUCCCCUCACUGUUAAUACUCAAGUGGGAAUGCUUGCAUAACUAAAACAAAGGUGAUGCAUGCGCAACGCAUAAUGGAGUGUGCAUAUGUGGAUCUACUUUAUUUUUAAAACAUAAUCCCCAGUCAUUAAAUAGAUUUAUGUUUACCUAUCUAGAGCCGGUGGUAUACAAAGGGAUGGGGGAAAGCCACCCUGGUGCCCUCAUUUCUGAGAAAAAGCCUUGAAAGUGCUCUCCUGGAUGCUCCUAUAGUAAUGAAAACAACAUAAAAUGCCCUGUUUGGUGCCCUCUUCAUCGACAAUGCAUUGAACAGCCUCCUGGAUGCCCUUCCAGUGGAUAGUUUAUGAAAAAAGUGCCCUUGGGAUACCCUCUCAGUUAAAAUUAAGGCAAAAAAUUGCCCUUUGGAUGCCAUUUCAGCCUAAUGUGGAAAUAAGCCCCCUGGAUUUUUUUUCCAGGUAAUAAAACAUUAAGAAGCGCCCAGAAGUUCCUUUUCCAGUAAACAAAACAAAUAAAGAUGCAAGAUGCACUUUGUGUAUUUAAUUUUUUCCCUGACUCUGACAUCUUUAAAACCUUUUCCACUAUUUAAUUUAAAACAAUGUAGACUGUAAAAUCUGCUUUCUCCUGACUGUAUGGCAUAAUCUGUUCUGUCCUAGAGCUCCACAACAGAGACCAUGAAGAAGCUACCGUUCCUUGGCCAAUUUCUCGGCCGUCUUUGCUGGAAUCCUUGUGUCACUGCUGAUGGUGAGUUCAGGACAGCUUUAACUUCAUCCGUGUUGGACGUAGAUCUCAGAUCGGGUUUAGAGUAAAUUUGAUGUCCCAGCCAGGGGUUUUAUAUUCAACUAGAAAUCAACCAUCCAUAUGGAGAGCUAAACCUUUUUAAGUCAUCUUUGAUUUGAUGUUUUUGUCUCUGCAGGUAUGAGCAGAAAGCUGUUGUUCCAGUGUCUGUGGGGACUUCACUCAGAACAUCCAUGCAAUGGUGUAGAAAGAAAAGCCAACCAGUGGAUACGGGUAUGAACAGGACUUUAUCCUCCUUUUAUAUAGGGCACCUAGAGGCUAUCAUAAAGGCUAUUUACAUUAGCUUUAACAUCAAUCCUGAGUCAUUAGGUGAGAAAUAGAGAGCCUUCGGACGUAAUGUGUGAAUGCUCCUCUAAAGUCUAAAUUGAUCCUUUUCACUUAAAAAGCAAUUGACUUUAUGUAAAGAAGACUGAUGCAGACCCAAUAUGAACACCUCAGUUUAUGUUCUUGUAUUUCAUCUCAUUUUACUAUAGAACGUGUUUUAAGACUAUGUAUCCAUACUAAACAAAGGGUUAUAUUUGAGAAAUCAUGAUCAGACAUUGUGACAACACAUGGCAUGAUAACAAAAUAUGAAUUUGACAUCUUUCGAAAAACUCCACUCUCGACACAGUUUGCUCUAAACCACAGUGGCUUAAGAUACAGUUUUGAAAGCAGUAAAAUGCACUUAAAUAAUUGGUUUAUUUGCUUCGGGCAAUAUUAGGUGAACAAGAUUCUGUCGCUGCUUUGUCACUCGCUAAGCCGAGCUCACUGGAUAGAGCAGAGAUUGCGAUGUCACAUUAAGUCUUUUUUACUGCUUGUGUUGUUUUACUUGUAACGCGGGUUUACACCAAGAAUAAAGGCAGAGCCAUGUCCAAAGGAAGCUGGAGACCAAAACACUUUAUACUCAGUGAAAAAUGAGGCUCAGCUCCGCCAGUUCACAACAUGAUUUAGUUGUAGCCGUAUUAUCUUCCAGUUGUGCAUCGUGUUCCUUUUCUCAUAUUUCUCAAGCCGGAUCUGUUUGCUUUUAAUGUCCUUAUUAAUUCUUGGCUAUCAUCACUUGAACAAAUACUCCUAAAAAGAAUCUGUGUUGGCCUGCCUUUGGGCUGCUGAAGAGAUUUUCUUUCUAAUUUACUUUUAAUAGGAGUUCUCUCGCCAGCCCUCUGUGUCUCCUCUCCAACGGGACACGGAUGAUGAAUGAGGUAGAUUGGGUCUCUGUUAGUCUAAGCCUUUUGUGCCCAAAACUGUAAAGCAUACUUUGAAAGCAAAUUAAAAUUGACUGUUUCACAGCCUCUUGUCACCAGAGAAGGUUCAGCCUUUAUAUUUUGGUUAGUUGAUCUUGCUCACUGUGUGUUUUUGAGGCUCACACACAAAGGAGGGAACGAGAACAGAGGGAAGAAAAGAUUCUGCAAUUCUCAACUUUGAGAGGGUUCACACAGAUGGCUCAUGAUAAACAAUGUGGGACCUUCACAUUUUUGCCAGAUUAACUGUGUGUUUGUAUUCUUUUGAUUAAUUUCUCAUCUAAUAAAACAUCUUGCUAAUUAAAACAGUGCCUUGAAAGUAAACCUUGAAUUUGCCAGAUGGUCUUUGACCCAAAAGAGGGGAAGCUGAGUGCAAAUGUGCUUGGAAGUGUUUGUGUCUAUGGUACGACUGUUAUUGUAUGGGUAACUGUUUGUAUGCCUCCAUGUAUUGGACUUGUGUGUGAAUCAGUGUGUCCAGAAAAGGGAAGCUGCAGUGUUCACCUAUAAAGAUGUUGAAAAAAUCAAUCAUAAAGGAGUUCUCAGCUCAAGUCUUAAUUCAUGUUUGUUUUCCUACAGUUCUUGUGAAUGACUUGAAAACUGUCAUUGACCUGACUUACUUUAAGUUUAAAGGAUUAUUGUGGUAGGAGGUAAGCAGCAAUCAUGCAGCAGCAUCUAAGAAUAAUGCUACAGUUAUUUCCAUAACAGCUGAGAUCGCCUCUGCUCAAGAAAAUAACUGAUAUAGAACUCCUAAAGAGUCAAGUUGCAAGUUGUCUAUCAGUUACAACGGUAGUAUAGCAGUUCUAUAUGCAGUGAAUGGUAGCUAUAUGCUUCUGUAGAUGUAACAGAGUUCACUGGGUCCACUCGUGGACUAUAUAAAAGUGUCCAAAGAACACAAGUACAAUAAACUCACGACCCACUCUGCAGCUUCCCCUCAUUCUCCUUUUUCUACCACUCCCCACAAAUAACAGGAAUGGCGGGAAGUGCAAAAAAACCUACUCACCGCAGCUCAUCCCGUCAAGGGGGGGCAGGGCAGAUGUAUGGUUCUAGGCCAGAGAUGGUCUGACAAUGUGUGCGCGUGUGUGUCUCUGUGAGUCUGUGUUGUGUUGGACUGCCUGUCCUGGAAUGUACAAUCGGCCUGUUUUCUGUUAGCUCUGUCUGAUCUCGCUCCCCAACAUUGUUUUCUUGCUGGAUCCCAAAUAGACUGAGGGUCUGGUGCUAAGUGGCAUCUAAACGCUGUGUGUGUUGUGUGCAUCUGCUUACAUAUGUUUGUGAGCAUUUGUGCAAAAGCACACAUUUUACUGCUACUGUAUAUAAUGUUAGUAGCCACAUGUAUUUCCCUUUUUUUAUGAUAGUGUGCAGAGUAUUUUUUCUUUUCUCCUCAUGUCUCCCCCUUAUCCUCUCUGUCUGCUUCUCUUAUCCACAUCUGAGUGUUCUCACUGGAUUGAUGAAUGCUGGGUAAAGCCACUUCGCUGUAGGCUAUGUCAGAUAGUCAUUAGCUCAAUCGGUCUGUUUCUCUACAUCCUGUGCUAGCGGGGAGACCACACAGUGCUGCAGAAACAUGGCAUAAUCCCAGAGGAGAUGACAGAUAAGUAAAGCAUGAGUGUGUAAUAUUAGAGGGUCGGAGGAUGGACAGUUUGAUAGCUUCAUCUUUGAAGUGUAACUUCACUUAUAGAAACAGGUGAACCACAGGAAGGCCCUGGAGCUGCUGAGACAGCUUUGGAGGAUAUUGGCAGCUACACUUUGUUGUUUUUUUAUGAUUAAUAUUUUAUUGUAUUUUUGAAUAUUGUAAAUUACAAGUUCAAGUGUGCCUAAUGUUGUAUAUGUUGUAAACAUUGACUUGUAUACAGAAAGUAAAGAAAUAACUAUAUUAUACAAUGCUAACACUCCAGGAAAGAAAGAAAAAUAACCACAUGGUAGCAAUGACAACAAAAAAAAAAAAAAAAAAAAAAAAAGAAAAGGCCAAUACAAGAACAAUCUAACAAAAGAUAAAACAGGACAGCACGACAGUAAAAAACUAAAAAAUAAAUAAAUCUAUUAAAAUUUUUAAAAAAUACUAAUAUAUGCAUAAAUAUGUGUAAAUUUUUUUGUAAGGGAAGAGAAAAAAAAAGAAACAAAAGUAUAGCAUGUGACAUGUUCACGAUGCUCAGUGUCGUGUUCUGAUUGGUUAUCAUAUCUCCUAUACAGGUUCUUUCAUACUAGACAGGAAUUGUUCCCAUUUCAAAUUAAAGCUCUCCACUCUGUUUAUUAGUCUUUAUGAUAGGCCCUCCAGUGCAGCCACUCAGGCUAAGUGAGUAUGCUGGAGUGGGUAUACUUUGUUUUUAAUUUCAACUCGAAAAUGUCAGUGUGGCAAUAAGGUUUUCCCUUUUGGUCUUUAUUUUUACUCUGAAAGCAACAAUAGCCAUGUAAUGACAUAUCUGUCCUGUUAAACUAACUUAGACCCACCUGACCAGAGUAAUGCAUAACCUGCUCUGACAUGUGGCUGUUAAAUAACACUAGAACAAAGGGCUGGAUGGUGCUGGCUCUGCUAAUGUUAGCCACACUCAGCUGCAGCUAGUCUGACUCUGUGAUCUCAUUUGUAGCCAUGUUAGAUCAAUUGUGAUCUUACUGUUUUGUGAGGGUUUUCUCAAUGUUGGACUUAGUAAGUUGGAAUUUAAAUUUAGGUUUGGAUUACAAUUGUAACAUCUCCAGUCUUUCCCUGGCAUGCUGUGUUCAAGUGCUGCGAUUUUCUUUGAAAACAAAAAGUACAGGACUGGGAACUGUUACUGCUCUAAGGUUGAUUGUGACAAAUACUGGCACUAGUAAGAAACUGUAUCAAUGUUUUGCUGUUAUACAUGAUAUUUAGUUGUUUUUUUUUAAAUGUAAGACUUGUAAUUUUUUCUUGAUCCAAACAGAAAGCCACAAACAGUCUUCCUAAUUAUGUACGUCAAAAGCCACAAAUUGUUUAUGGUCAAUAGAUUAUAUCAUUAUCCUUCCAUUUUUGGGAGAAAUGCUUUUUUUUACUCAUUGGAAAUGCUCUGUAAACCCUCACUGACAGUGCGCAGUUUUACCAUAAUUGCUUCUAACUUCAUUACUUUGCGUGAUCACUCUAACCUUAACUUGUACUCUUUUUUUCUCGUGUUUUAUCUCCCUCCUUAUGUUUCUGCUGUUUUGACCAUCAGAGAGCAUACUUAAGCCUUUCAUUGGUUUUGGGGAGAAUUCAAUCUUGGCUUUGUAAUUGUUAACAGGCACCCAUCAAAACCAACCAACCAAGUUAUUUUGCCUCGUGCAUUUUUCUCCAUCCUCCGCUUUAAUUUUAGAUUUAUGGAGGGAUAUUUUCUAUGGCAGCUGUACGUCCAAGCCCCCAAAGCGAGCUGGGUUGUUGUUUUUCUGUCAGAGAAAGACGACUUCUGACCUAAAGUAUUCGCCGUCCAUCUAUCCAUUUGCCCCUCAACCCAUUCCUCUGGUGACCACACCCCCCUUUGCUUGCAGUCAUUGCAGUGCACUCCAGUCCUUCUCUGCCAUUCCUUCUAACCAGCUUUCCUUCCCCCUUUUACCCCCCAGCUGUCUUGAGCUUCCUUACCAAGGGUGGGAUAAAUGUGAUUGGUUUUGCAUGUACUGGAUGUGCAGACUUUGAGGGUGCUCAGAUGGUAGUGAUUGGGGUUGUUUUGUAAGACUAUGUGGAGGGUAAGCAUCUUAGCGUGCUGUAGGGCCCGGCCAAGGAAACCACACAGCUUCACCAACAGCACUGCAGAGCUCUACUGCCUGGGAUCUUGGGUUUUCUCCUUCACUUGUUGUUUUUUAUGUCCCUCUUUUUUUUCAUGUGGUGCCUCUCUCAUUCCCUCUUUCUCUCCUCAUCUCCUGUUGAUCCCCUUUCAUCUGCAGUUUGAAAAGGAUUUGUACUUUCUUAGUCUCAUGUCAGUGGUCUGGAUGUUUCUGUGGUUUUGGUUCAAUGGAGUUGUAAAAGAGUGUUCGUGCUGAAGAUGUGAGGCCUUGGUUUUUUUUUUGUUGGAUCACACUUUUUAAAACAUGUACCAUCAGAUCAACUUCUUAAAGUCCAGCAUGAAAGACUGUCUCUAAGGUCCCUAAAUCAUACUCAUACAUCUUUAGUAAAGUCAUAACACUUAAAGCUCCUCUAAUUAUUUUUUUUAACAUUUAUGGAAGUUAGUAUUGAUGCCUCUUCAUGAUAUCCAACAACAAAUAGGACCAUCGAGGACAAUAUUCAAGUUUUGUAUAUAGUCAUUUUUAAUGCCUGAAACUGGUGUGAAGGGGUAGCUGUCAGCCGAGCAGCUAGAGAAACAGCCCUUCCUGUAUAUUUUUAAUGUAAAAUAUUCACAGUAAGUGGCGUACCUGACUGUCAAAAGUUAGCAGGAUGACGUCUUUUGUCAAUGGACAUGAUUAAAGCAUAUAGAGGAAGAGUUUAGCAAAGACUACGUUGUUCACUGGGGGCGCCAAAAUUGACAAACUGAAAGUUCCUCAUAGUAGCUUUAAUGCGACAAUGAUUAAUGGAUUAUUAACAAACAUUAAGCUUAUCCAAUCAUUACCAUUACAUGCUAUGUGGCAUCCGUCUUUGUAAACAGAGUCACACAGUGCACACUUUUAAACAUUCUCCAAUGCCCUUUAUUAUAUGUUUUAAACACAACUCUACUCAAGGGAUUAAAACCCAGUCUUAUAGCUUAAUAACCAACAGUAUUAGUCUUGGGUUGCCUCUCUUUGUUCCUUCAUUAUUCCUUGUGUUUCUCACAGACAAGAAUCAGCUGAGUUUAUUGGUCUGGUUUUAUCAGUGUAUGAUGAGGCCCCUUCUGAAAAAUGCUUGUAAAACACCAAGCCCGUCUGUAACAAAGAAUGCUCAUUUCUGAACCUGCUCAUAUGCUGUCCAUACAUUCUCACUUACUGGAAUGCUUUUUCUGCACUCAUGUGGUUCAAAUGAUGUGACGCUGACGGAGUCAUCUUAUAUUCCAGUAAAUAAUUAGCUUUGAUGUUAUGGAUCUCAGGGUUUGGAUAGAUUAUUGUAAGUCUUAUCCUUUGUUUCAGAUAUGCUCAUAAAGUGAUUAUAAUCUGCUGCACAUUGUGCUGCCUGCCCUCCCACAGAAAGUGUUUUGCCAGCUUGUCACAGAGGAGGACGAUGCUACAACAUGCACACUAAUAAAGCAUGUGGGUGUACCACCAAAAGAGUACCAUCUUGAAGUACUGAGAAAGGUAUAAGCCAUUUAAUUCUUAUGUUUCUGAUUCAUCCCUGUAUGCAUAGUCUCCAUGUUAUUGUGUCUGAGUUUUAAAAUGAGUCCUGUCUUGUUUCAGACGGUGGCGAUGCUGCAGGAAAACAUUGGGAAGAGCUGCAACUCUUUUGGCGAUAUAGAUCAGAGGUACAAUCAGUAGAAACUUGGAAUGAAACAAACAACGAUCACAUGAACUUACAAAUGACUGAUUAAUCUGCUAAAUAUUUUCUUGACCGGAUGUUUGGUCUAUUAAAAUAAUGAAUUGGUGGAAAAAUUUCACAAGUGUUUCCCAGAGCUAAAAGUUGUAUCCUCAUAUGUCUUGUUCCACUGAUUUUAUUAACACAAUUAAGGAUGUUUCAAAGCAAGAAAAAAUGUAAAUCUGCACUUUCAAAAGAGUAAAUCAUUAGUUUUUGAAAGCACACCAUGAUUUCAAGACCCUGUAGGUAAGAUGUCUUGCCUUUGGAGAGAUUUAAUUAUCAUAUUAUGUCUGUAUAACUCUGCAGGUGUUCCUGUAAACGCAUUCUAGCCACAUCAGAGGCUUGUGUCCCGCUGGUCACAAGUCCCGAAGCUGCCCCUCUUAUUGGUUCACUGCUGCAGCUGCCAAUGACUUGUGUCAGGGCCGCACUUAGUGAAGACUUUCUUGAUGCUCUCAGCUCUGCAUACUCCAGGUUGGCGAACACAUAAAUGCUCAGUCACACUCUAAGUUGUUUUUCAAACCUGCAUUUAUUUAAUUCAGUGUUUUGUUUGGUUUUAUUACAGCCAGUGCUUGUCAUUGGAGGAGCAGGCUGUAGUGUCUCUGUGGUAUCACAACCUGUCUAGCCUGGAGGAGGCUGUGCUCAUGCUGAUGGAGAGUGUUCUCAACAACACAGAAUCAACACCGCAGAGGCUGGAGCAACAAGUGGCACAGUCACUCCUGGUGGGUAAUGAUAUGUUUAGGAAAGACACAUCAAGAAGAGUUAAAGUCCCACUCCAAUCAUUUUUUAUACUACUUCAAGUGUUCUCAGUGGUCUUUAAGUUGUGAUUAUAAAGUUUUUAGCCAAAAUCACAUUACCUGUGUCAUUUUCAAGAGCUUUUCUUCUGCAGAGCUACAGUAGCUCAUUAGCAAUUUGCCUCUUGAGUCGUGGGCUAGCUUGCAGCCUAACAUUGAUGAAAGUUAAUGUAAUAAUUUGCUUUCUUACGAGCAUUGCAAACCGCUAACACACGCUUGUUCCGUGAUCGUCCUCUCUAUUUCUCAGAGUGUGGCUCUGGGGGCGGAGUUUGGAUUUGUUACGUAGGAAAUCCCACUGUAUCUAAACCUGCAGUUUGGAUCUGCCAGAGAGUCACAGCAAUUUGAAUGCAGAAAUACUCAGAAAUGCAAUUUCGCACUUAAUUUUCUCAUGAUACAUCCUGUAGCAUCAAAAAAAGGCCAUAUGAACAUAUAAAAAACUAGAAAAACAUUAUUUUUCAUUGGAGUGGGUCUUUAAGCAAUUGUAACAAAAAAUUCUGUGCAGGUUCGGUCCUUUAAAAUUAACACCUUAACACCAAUUUAAAGGCUUAAAUAAUGAGCAUAAAUCUCUAGAAUGUAGUUUCAGACUAUUGCUUAUCUUCAUUGUGGACUACUGAGUAGAUUUCCCUCUUCAAUUAAGCCUAAUACUACAAUACAAUUCUAUACUACUAUAGAUACAUCCAUGCACAACUUCUAUAUGUUGGCAUGAACAUCAAAGUGAAUAAGACAGCCGAGCCAAAAAUCAACACAUUGUGAUAAAUCUAAAGAGUUUAAAUUGUGAUCAGCUUAUAUAAGAUGGCAUUUACGGUGUAAGAGUAAUCAACCUCCAUGUGUAACCCUCUAAAAAAGCCUGAGUUAUGUUGAAUUUGGAGAGUAACGUGAAGAGUGUUGUGACACUGUAGUUCAGUUUUCGACUAUUAUCCUGCUGCGUGAAUUGGCAGCAUUUCGAGUGUUGAUAAAUUGGUGACAUAUUGCUGCUGUUAAAUGGAUUUGUUUUGUGCAGAGUUGGAUUCAUAUGCCUUGAAUUACAGAGUCUCACAUCAGAAAUCUGUAUACCUCAUGUAUGUUUUGCUCCACUUUGAACUGCUUUGUAAACUGUGAAACCAAACAGUUUGGAUAUACGGCCUGCUCAUUUUAUCACGAUGGACUGCGUCGUGAUGUUUGCAUAUGCAUAGUUUUUGGAAGCGUUCCAUCCAUUUCUUUUUUGAUGGAUCUUUAUUGACUGUUUUUGCCCGGCCAGCUCACACCAUUUGGCUUUUCUGUGCAUGCAUCUCACAUCAUUUGGCUGGCCCUAAACUGCAUCUCACAUCAUUUGGCCUGUGCUACACAGCCUCGACUGUACGGAGUAAGUACUGAACUCUCUGUCAUAGAGUCCACAGCAACUCCUCACUUCGUUUAACAUCAAGAUCGUGCCCCGUUCAAAAGUCAGCAGUGAUUUUGGAUUUUAUAAAACAGUCGAAGAACAAAAUAAUCCUUUUGGCCGUAAAGUUGCUUUUUGUUUUCAACAACUUGGACUGUAUGGGAAAAAUUUAAGCCAUUACAAGAUCAACAAUAGAAUAAAUAAUUAUGUCACUUUUUGCACUAAACAGUUCAAGAAAAGUUUGACAAAACAAAUGAAACAGAUGCAAAAUGUCUGUCAGAAUUAAGUGGUACCUGCAGUAAUUCUUUAGAGGGGGGUAAAACAUAAACAGGGAAGAGAUGAUUAAUCUAUGUCGACAUGAUUUCUAAGGAUUGUUUGUUCCAAAUUAUGCAGCUAGCAAUAAGAUACCCUGAACGUAUACUCGUGAAUGGCAUCCUGUUUACUUCAGUUACUGAUUGCUUUGCCUUUGGUCGUUAUGGAUGUAAGGGAAACUGUUGUGAGAAACAAGAGGUAACUUGCCAUUCGGCCUCAUGUGAGGUGAAGUUAGGUGAAGUUUGUCAGUUGUGUCAUUGCUGUUUUCCAACAGUGAUGGUCCACUUGAGCUGUGCACAACACAACUUGCUAGUGCUGCAUACUCCUUCACUAAAAGAGCAGUUCUGGUGUACAUAACUAACUAACAAAGCAUGAGGAGGAAUUCGCCUGCCCGUCUGUUGUACUUGAUUCCAUCUUCUCGAGUUUGUAGGAGCUGACAUGUUGGAAAAAGGAGCUCUGAGGACACUUGAAUGAACCAUUUGUUUGUUCGUGUGGAAGAAAGAGACCCAUGCAAUCAUCGACUGUUUAUUUCUCUUUUUUGUCAUUGAAGUAUUUGUUUACCAUUUCAUCUAUUUCUCUGUUUUUAUCACCUAGCUAGCUGACAUGCACAUGAACGCACGCGAACCCCAACACAUGUGCCUGCAGCCACUGUGCUUUGUUUAUGAUUUUGCAUCUGGUAUAGUGUGUCUAUCGUUAAGAGGCUGGGAAGUAUACAUUCAGGUUUCGCUCAGCCUUCAGGAUGUUUGGAUGUCAGAUGUGCCUUUCACAUGUGUGUCUGUCUGUGUCUGAUGCAAACAUGUGUGGAUAGAAAAAACCCCAAAAGGCGUUGUAUCCGACUGGCUUGUCCCUCUCCUCGCCUCGCUUUCACUCUCUUGUUUAAAGUGCAAUCAAAAAUGGGAAACAUGAAAUUAGACUUACAUUCCUUGUUUUGACUGGUCCCGCCCCCCUGUGAUCCAGUGAGAGACAAAACCCCAGUAACAAUAAACACUCACUUCCUGGGCCUUACUGCCAAAAACAGGAUGUUUGUUGUGUGCUGUAAUUGACCCUCCUUGAAGUGUUAGUGGUAAGGUAUGGAGGAGGGCGCUCAAAAAACCCCAUCUGUUUUCACUAGGGGAACCAUGACAGUUUGCACACAUGCAUGCGUGCUGGCAUGCAACCCACAUAUGUAGGAUCUCACUGACAUACUGAAACCGUAUGCCACUUUAUUGCUAAUGCUCACAGUACAGUUACAAGUGAACCUCCACUUUGUUUGAUUAAUGGUGUUUUCUGACCUGAGAGGCAAAAGGAGAAACAGACAUUACCAAACUGAGGAUGAAAGCAGUUGAAUUGUGUAAUGACAUCACAUAAACACUAGGUGGGGCUCUUAUUCUUACUGACCUAACUGUGACUGACACCUACUCUGGUGCUUAUUUAAUUUUCUCCAACCAGUUUAAAGUUAUUUGACAUGUGAUUCACUCAUUUUUUAACUGCUGGUAUAAAUAGAAGGUUAUGGAUUGACUGAGUGUGAAUUAAAAGUAAUAGGCUGUUUAUGAUUUCUAAAGUAGGAUUGAAGCCUUUAGACUACACGUGCUCCCUCUGUAGUGAGGCAUAUGUUCUCAUGUAUGGGCACGGGGUGGUGGAAAGAAAAUAAUUAGGGACCAGAGAAGAUAUAUAAACAUAAGGAGGGAGGCAGUCAUGAACAGUACAGCUGUUAAAUGUUUGCGCUGGGGCGUUUUAGAAUGUGUUAAAUCUAAAACACAUGAUGAGCGUGCAUUAGGAAGAGAUGGGUAAGAGUGUAUGGGUAAGUGAGGGGAGGAUUUGACAAGAGUGGUAAAUUGAGUAGCUGAUGGGAAGAGAGUGAGAACUAAGAGAAGAGGGUAAUUUGUAGUGAUACAACAGUGACACCCAGUGGUCAGUAUUUGGAGGUUAGAUUUGUGUAUCUCUGAGCAGUUUGAAAUAAAAACUUGAUGCUUGUCUUUUUGUGUCUUUCAGCCUAAAGCCUGUGCUCAGCACUGCAUUAUUUUCUUGGUUGUAAACGACAUCUUCAGGUAAGAGCUGUGGUCUGUGUGUGUUUUUUUAAUUUUUUGAUUAACUUUUUACCCCCACUUCUAAGACUAAUCACACUCCGCUGUAUCUGUAUAUACAUAUUUUGUCCAACUAUUUAUUUAAUAACUGAACAUAUUCCUACUCAUACUCCUAAAUAUCGUACAGUUUAUAUUCUUCAACACGACCACUAUUUAAUAGCAUUGUCUCUUUUUCACAUCUGCACUAAUCAAUAUACUGUAUAUACAGAUAAUGUACAUAAUUAGAUAUUAAAUUUUUUUGUAUAGCCUAUUCAUACCUGCAGUAACCAACACUGUGUAUAUUAGAUGCUAAACUGCAUUUUGUUGUUCCUGUACUUGUACUGUGUUCAAUGACAAUAAAAUUGAAUCUAAUCUAAUCUAAUCUAUUGGGUUUUGCAGAUGAGUAUCAUUGUAUUAAAACAUUUACUAAGAGUGAACUAGUCAUUUUUUUCUUAUAGGAGAAACAAACAACAGAAAACAAAAGUGGUCAUUGAAGUGUAUUGCUGCGUACCCACACAACUCAUAAAACUAGAACAGCCACUAAAAAUAAAAUAAAAUAAAAUAAAUGAUUUAACAAACAGGAAGGACCAGGACAGAAAUAGAAAUUUAAAAAAGAAAACAGACAAGGGGGAACAAAAGACACACAGGUACAUCAGUCAGGUAGCAGUAAACUGCAAUUGAGAUAGCAACAGACAUCCUAAAUCAGAGUAGCGGCAUGUUAAACUCAACAUGACAGAAAUAACAUUUUUACCUCUCUAGGUUGCUUUGUGUGUCGUUUUCUAUUGUAGACUACAUGAGUAUAACUUUAUCUAUGUGAAAUUCUGUUGAUGUGAGUCGAUUACACUACACUUGUGGAUUUGUUUCUGCCAGGUCCCUCCUGAAGCAAGCUGAAGGGAUCGAGCUCAUUAAGUGUCUAAUCCAAACCUUUACCAACCGUUUCCUCAGGGAACUGGCACAGCAGCAGUGUCAGGUAUGCCUGGACAAUAUAACAAGAGAUCCAAAUAUACUGAGGAAUACUUUUCUGUGAUGGACUGUGACAAUUUUGAAAUAACUGGUAACUGAUUUGACCAAAACAAAGAUAUAAUCACUGAUGCGCUUUUCAUUUUAUCCGACCAAGAAUCCAAAAUCCUCAGAUGUUUCGAUUUAUAUCAUGAAAACUGAAAAAAGGCAGCUGAAUUGUUUGUGGAAUAAGAAAGUUUUGCUUUAUUCUUGAAGAUCUUUAAUGGCUGGUAAAACUAUGAUCCACUGUGCAGUGAAAUACAGGCUUAUUUUCAGGUGAUUAAAACUAACAUACUCAACUCUGAUUGUGCACAGUCGACUCUACAGAGUUGAUUUUGAUGCUGCAGUUUAAAUCAUAUCCUUGAUUGGUGUAUCAGGGAGUUGAAGCACCUUCCCCUUCAGUGUUCAGUGCGACAGAAAUGAGAACUGAACCUGUGGUUUAAAAUAGCAACCCAAUUCUUCUAAUCCCAUGUCUUUGCUAGGAAUAAAAUAAUGCUUACUGCGGGCUCUGAUGCUCACAUGGGGAGCGGAACAAUUAGCUGUUCUUUGCAGGCGAAUUCACUCAACAUUUCAUGAAUCUUCUACAUCAUUAUCACUAGAUCUCCAGCGGUGAGCUCGCUGCUUACACAUCACAAAGGCCUCUGCAGUGUAGAUGAUGAUUGCUUUUAAAUGAUCAGUUUGUAGUUGAUAACACUGUUCAGUUGUAACUCUUGUUAUAUUAAAUUUCAAUGGUACACUGAUGUGCACUUUUUAAUUUUUGCCAAACCGUCAAUGCUAAUGGGUCUUCUGAGAUAAACACAAGUCUGUUGUUGUGUAGGAGACCCCCGUCAUCACUAACACGUCAGCCAUUAGUGUCAAAAGGUAAAAAAAACAAAUGCGUAGUGGCACAGGUGUGAUGUAUAACCUGCUACACGGUCUCAUGAAUAUAGCUCAACUCCUUUUCACCUCUAUUAACCAGUAGAUGGCAGUACUUCCGUGUGUUUACAGAGAGCCCGGUUUUAAUGGCUGUAGUCACACUGCACUAAACGCUCCCUAUUACAUGCUACAUUAGACACUAGCACCUCUUGUAUCACCGCUACACAGCCUCCUAGUCUAAAUGUCAUUUUUCAAGCUUUCAGAGCUCAGUGAUGUAUGAGUUCAAGGUAAGUAUAAUUUACAUUCGUGGGGCUAAAUUUGUACUCUGUGUUGCUUCAGGCGAGUGUUUCUCUGAAGGCCUGGUUCCCACAGUCACCUCAGGGACUGCUUGUACCCCUCUUGACCCUGCCGUCAGGUCAGUGCAUACAUCCACUUUUCCAUGCCUGUGUGUGUGAGUGUGUGUGUCCUCCUCAGGAUAUUUCACUCUCAUAUAAUGCACAAAACCCUGUAUUGUCUGAAUGAGUCUUUUCAGGUAUUUUUUAACUGUGUGUCAACAGAAAUUUCCUGCUGCAGAGUGAAUGGGCUCCUGUGCACUCGUUCUUAAUAAUCAAUUAUAGUUAUUCAACAACCGUCUCAAGUGUUUUACGACGGAUGUAAAAGUUGGCAGUCUAAAAAUGAUUAAAGGCGAUGAUUUUUUAUGCAGGCAUCAGUUAUUUGGAUGACUGGAACCAUCGGUGAUUUGCACAUGUACUAAUUCAUGUUUCCUCCUUUUAGAGAAUAAACAUUUUCAUCUUUCUGAAUGAAUUUUACAAGUGUUUAUGUGUGGGAAAAUUUACCAUUUAAGGGGGCGCACAGUAGGCAAGGUGAGUGCAGGGGCACAGCAGAGCACUGCUUAUCAGUGUGUGCCCAGACUGGCCUGUAGGACAGCAAUGAUUUACAUGAAUGGAGCCAUUUGGGGACACACUGGAGCUCAGCCAGAACUCCGGGUUAAUUAUUACCGUGCAUGUGUGUGCGUAUGUGUGUUCUGGAAGCCGGUUUUUCACCUGAGACUGGACGGAAACGAUACAGUGAAAAGUUAAGGAUAGGAAGUUUUAUCAUGAUUUGUGCUUCUGCUUAGAAAAGCUGUUCAUUAAGUGUUAAGAUUGCAUUGUUAAAACACAGCCAGAGGGGAAGACCUGAAUCAAGAUACCAAGUGUAUGGAAUAUUUUUUUCAGAGUUUGUUGUCAGCCUGCAGUGUCAGUUAGAUUGGAUUUUAGUGCAAAAUGUGGUUUGUGGUAGGAAAGUUAUUUUUGGCAGAACAAUGUGCCAUGUGAGAAACACCACACUGGCCCUUUGAGUAGUUAAAGAUAAUGGCUGGAAACAGGAAAAUGUAAUUCCAAGUUCUUAUAGUAGUCGAUCCAAUCCUGCUAGGAAAAUUCUUGUGGUUGAUGUUUGUAAAGUUGUCAUUUAAAGAUAGUUUAGACUGCAGUCAAUUUAAUACAUCUUAGUUUAUUCUUAUGAAAAAUAAGCUCUCUGUUUUUUUUUAUGCAGACGCCUCAAUUACAUCCAGACAGUAAUAAAGUUGUUUGAAUUAUCUUAGUAGAGCAGCAAGAGAAGAAAAAGAAAGACAGCGAGAAUUUUCUUGGGCUUCAGGAAACUGAUUGACAUUUUCACUGUGUUUCAACAUUUCAUUGUCUAAAAAUGAACUCUAUUGAUAAGUCAGGUUACAAUAAAUGAAUUAUUGAUGUGUUUAUUUGAUCUUAUAUAGUUUGUGGGUAAUAUAUCUAGGCUCAGAGUAGGGCUGGGCAAUAAUCCGAAAAUUUACAGACACCAAAAUGUACUACAAUAACCGAUGCCAUUUUGCCCAUGUCAGUAUAUUCCGUGUCAAAUAAAUAUAUAAAUGAAAGUGGGUUUUGGAUGUAUGUAGGUAGGCUAUGGUCUCAUGUCCCUUUAAGACUCUGUCCUACGUCGGAUACGUGACUCCACCCCAUCCAGUCUGUAACAAAGAGGGAAAGACAGGUGAGGAGAUGGAGGACGGUUCAAAGGUUGUAGCGGCUGAAACGGCGGCUGAAGUACACAAAGUUAAUUUGGGAGGGGGUGAGCAGCUUGUGGAGUAGUUAUUGUCCAUUUAUCGUUAUCAAGGUGAACUGCUCAAUAUAUAUCGUGAUACUGAUUUUAGGCUAUAUCGCCCAGCCCUAGAUCAGAGUAAGUGUUGAUGUCACUCUGUGAGUAGGUAGCAACCAUAUGAGACUUUAAAGACUGGAAAAAAAGUCCCUCAGCCUUUUGGUUUGAGUUGAUCUUGUUGUAUUUAUUUUCCCUGUUUUCAGCUUUUGUGAUGACUGGUUUAAGCUUCAUAUUUUUCAUACAGAUUUUUAAGAAAUGUGAUAAUAUUAACAGUUUAGCUAGCUUUCUUUGAAUAUUGUGCGUAUGAACCAACUGUAAAAAGUGCAUGUACAGCUUACAAGUGAUCAUUAUGUCUGUGUCUGAAUGUGCUCUUUCAGAGAUGCCUCAGGAGGCCUGGAGACGUCACCUGAACUGGCUCAGCAGCUCAUUACAGAGACUGACAGAGGAAGAAGAAGAAGAUGGGGAAUACGGAGAAAGCAGCAGUAGCACUAGUUUAGAGUGAGAAAGUCUUGUGGGGAGAAAGUGUUAAUGUGUGUCCGCUCCCACCGCCCUACUGACUGCCUGUGUGGUGCUCUUAUUUCCAUUAGCCACUUUUGAGGGGGUGGUUAGUCAGAUAUUUUCCCCUAGCAUCACAGCAGAGAAGUCCUGGUGUGCUGUGAGGCUUCUCCAAGCUCUCAUUAGAGGCUAUUAGCUUGGGAAAGAGAGAUCUUUGGAGAAAACAAGUGUUAGAAAACCCAAUAAGAGUGAGGAGAGAAAUGAAGCAGAAGAAUCAAAGAAACCAGACAGAGGAGAAGAUGCUGUAUUAACAUGAAAAGCUAAAAAUCGAGCAGUCGUGGUUUGAUGGAUUUAGAGAAUAAGAGGAUAGAGGAUGCAGAUGAAAAGCACAAAUCUGUUGAUGUUGAAGAGAUAGAGACGACUGACGCGAUACCCUACAGCUGCGGUUUUUAACAAGGCCCAUUAUCCCCACCACUGCUCUAUUCUGGAGCUCCAUGCAAAAUUCCCAAAACAUCGUUCCGAGCCAGCGGUAGGAAAGUAGUAUGUUGUGUUGCUCCUAGUUAAGACGCAGCUGCCAGAGCCCUGCAGCAGGGUGCUGCCGCUGCUGUCUGUAUUUAGAAGCCAAAUGGAAAGAAGGAGGCUGAGGAAGAUAGCUGUAAUGAUGGUAUUAGGGAAAUAUGAGAGAGAGAGAUUUAAAUCGAUCCUCCAUCUUCAAGUCAUCGUCUCAUUGUUGCAGCUGUGUGUCUGUUUCACUCUGUACCAGAUUCUCUUUUCAGUACACAUCCCAUUUUUACAUCUCACAGUUAUUUAUAACUCUUAAAUCCCUUUCCUCUGACUCUCUUUACUCAUCUUUAGGGGCUGCAACUAACAAUCAUUUUCAUUAUUGAUUGACUAAUUUAUGAAUUUUUUAUGGGAUGAAUUAUUACCGCUCAAUGUCACAACUGGGAACAACUAAUGAGAUUCAGUAUCUAAUUCUGAAUCAGAUCUGUAUAGAAGCUUGUCUGUGUUUGAUCAUCCAUUGUUCCUGUCAGUGGGAGUGGGUCUAAUAUUCUGAUAUCCACGACUGUAGGUUAUUAAUAAAGCUCUCAUGAUGUAAAUUACCACUCCCAGCCCUAUGGGUCUGAGUGAGACACUGGAAACUAAAUCAUUAAAUGUAUACCCUGAAAAAAGCUCCAUACACUGACAAUGUGUUAAUUUAUCUGAAAGUAUUGACAUUACUCUUUUUCUUGAGGCAAUUUUUAAUCUUUGGAGAAAAUGAUUUAUAGUUGCUAUUUUUGUGAGGGACUCCUGUGUAUAUUCACAGACAUCCUUUGGAAACACUGAGGCUGGGAUCAUGUGUUACAUGUCAAGCCAUUUAGAAACUUAACAAGAUCACUGAACUAAUCCUGCUUUUUAGAUAUUCAACCCUCUUCAUAAAAUUGCUGGAAUUGUAUUGACUUCUUAUGAAGUUGAGUACAGAGAGAUUAAAAAACAAAAAAGAUAAAUGCUGGUUAACUGUGAAUCUUCGUCCACUUAUCAAGGGCAAAAGAUGGAACCAAAAGUCCUGGAGAAUCAUUCAUCUUGAUUUUGCUGACAAUGUUUUGAAUCAGUAUUCGCUUCCCAAGUUCAAGAAUUUAUUUUUAAGUCUAUUUUAAUCACAGAUUUGGAUAUGAAUGUCUUAUUUCCAUUUUCCAGCAUGUGCUGAUGUAAUUAGGUCAUCUGUUGUGCUUCAGUGUUUUUUUUUUUUUUUUUGUCACAUAUUUUCAUGAAGAGAAUGAUUGAUCAGUUUUUCUGUAGUGAUGAGCCCUGUUCCUCCUUUUGUCCUCUAGGGGGCAUCACAAAGUCUUUGAGGCCUGGUUCCUGCUGGUUCAGUGUGCUCACUGGGUGCAGGUGGCUGCUCAGCUACUUGUGACAUCUGGGCCUGAAGACAUUGGCCCCCUCCUGUGGCUGCUGACCUUCUACCACCACCCAACCAACGGGGGCCAUCAGAGGGGACUUCAGCUGGUAAGAUUAUUAUUGUUUUUAAUUUACAUUCUUUGACCUUAUUCAUUUUAGCCAUGCUUGUCUUUAUGGAUUGCAUUAUGUGUAAGUCCACAGCUUUGGUCCAAAGCAGCUUGUUUGAUGUAAAGGAUGGUAGCUAGACCUGUUUUUAAACUAAUUAGACUAACUAAACUAAUGCAAUUUUUUUAGACUAACUUCACGGAAUGGUUCCUUAUUUCAGUGGAGUUGUGUAAGGUUCUUGUCAAUAGUUAUUUAAAUAGAGUAAAUAAAAGCUAAUCCUUAACUACUACAGAGGGGACCAAAUCUACCCUGUGGUAAUUGGUAAAGCUAAUUUUAAGUAACUCCAUCUCAAACAUGAAUGUCGGUCGAAGUAUAGGCUCAGUUUGAACAUUUUUAAGCAUUCAUUCUCCGCUAUUCUUGAGCUCAACACAUUACAUGUUUCUCUGCCUGCAGUGUUGGACAUUUUUGCGUCUUAGUUUGCUAAAAUGCUAAACAUUGUCUGGCCGACAGUAAGGGCUGUCGAGUUUGUAAUCUCAAUUCACCUUUCCCCCUUAACAGCUAACACGCUGUAUAGCAUAGAGAUAUUGUGUCAUCCAUGGGUGUGUCUUAAGCAAACAAAUAAUACUUGGAAACUUGGCGCACGGACGCAGUUCGGCAUAUCUGUUUUUCUGGUUUAGCUUCUUGAAACUGAUGAAAGUUGGUAAAACAGCAAGUUAAGGGAGCACUGAUUUGUUAGUGAUAUAGUCUGCAGCAUAGACUGUAUAUAAGAUGGACAACCUGGUUCCAACUUUUGCCUGUAUACGGAUUUGAAGCCAAAAAGCUCUCGGUAAUUCCGGGUUUUUCUCCACUUCCUUGAAACCAGAGCUGCGCAGUAGCGAUGCGCGCAUUCGGCCGCGCAGUCACCGAGAGUCCCUGUGAUGACGCUCGGCUCAAACAGCGUAUCCCCCCGGGAGAGCGACGCAAUCCCUGAACGCCCAUAGGCUGUAUCAGGUGUCAAUCAUAGAAAACAUGAACCCCCUAAUAACUUUUAAAAACGGAGCUGUACAGAAAAAAAAGGACUUGGGCACAAACCAGUCUUACAGUAACUACAUGUCAACAUCACAAGCAGGGGGGAGAAAAAAUUAUGUUCUGUGUAAUAAAUUUCUAAAGUUUGUCCACAGUCCCAUAAGCUUUGCUGGCGGAGGCGGGAUUUAUGACCUGUACUGCAGCCCACCAUCAGAGGGUGCUGUUCUCGGAGUGGCUUCACCCAGCGAGGAGGCAGACUCUGUCCAUCUUAUAUACAGUCUAUGGUCUGCAGUUGUUCAAAACGAAUGAGCUUUAUGACGGCAGAGUGGUGAAAAAUCCCUGAAUAAUGUAAAACAGACAGUAGUGUUUGAGUCAGAGUUUAUUCAAAUAAGGUAAAUUAAUUACAAGAUAGAGCUACCCUCUGUUGUAGCUGACAGGAAUCCCCUUUGGGUAAUACAGGUACUAAUGAUAAGCACCUCAUGCAACCAGACUUAAGAAAAAAACAAUCUGUCCCUUUAAGUGUGAUUUUUUUUGUCUGAUGAUUUAGACUUCUGGAAAUGAAGGGAAAAUUAAAAUAAGAUAUUUUGAGCUAAAGCUACACAUGAUGCAUGUUACCUCACCUCUAGCUAGACUGACCGAUUGACAUUGUUCCAAAUAGACUAUCACAAGUUAGCUACAGCUUGCAUUCAUGUCUGUUUUUUUUAGUCAAAUAUAGUUAUUUAUUGUUGAAACUACAAAAAAAGUACUAUUCCUUAUUUCAAAAACAGACCAUUGCAGGUUUAAGGCUCUCUCAAACUGUCUUCGUUUACCAGGCCAGAUACGUCCGAUUAUAUCAGCCCCAGCUGUGGUUAUUGUUUAGUUAGCAGCUGUCAGAGUGCUUGAUAACAACUGAAUUCUAGUAUUAUUGGUGUCUUCUUAGCAUUACGUUUAUAUCACCACUGCUCCUCUAUGUCAGCUUAACGCUAGGUCUUGUAUUUUUAAACCUGUUUUGUUAGAAAUCUGUUUGACAUUUUUUUGAAGUUUUUUUGACCACAGCUUUGGAAACAUCGCUGCAGCUACCAGAAAAAAAAAAAUCCACACACACACACACACUGAGUUUCAGCUGAAGAGGCAUGUCGGGUAGAUACUAACCCAGUUAGUCAGUCUGAAGACUGUGCAGCAUCAUAACUCUACAACAUAACAGCGCGGCUGCUUCAUGGUUAUUUGCCCCUGACAGGUCAGUUGUCAUUGAAGGCAUAGAACAAAUCAUGAGACAGAAGAAUAACACAUGAAAUAAAUUAUGGAUGACCUCCUAACUGAGAGGAGAGAAUGAGACAGUGGCCACAAGAGAGAGAGAGAGAAAGGGAGGGAGAGAGAGAUGAAGGGGGAAGCAGGGUGAGGCGGGUGAUGUAGUAUUGAUUUCUCAGUGAGUGUCUGGCCAGCUGGCCUGAGUUUCAUCUCUCUGUCUCCUGUUAGUCCGCCUCCUCUCAUAACCCUGGGAGACUCGCUGCCGUCGCCACCAUCUUUCCCUCUUUCCUUUCCUACUCACAGGAGUUGUCUCUGUUCGUCACUUGUGAAUUACUACUUCAUUGAUUCUUAUUUGCAGGAUAGAUGCUUAGAGAAAUACCUCUUGAUUCCAUUGAUGUCCAUCAAUAACCAUGUCAGCUAACAUUAAGUUGAUCAUGUGACCAAUUGUCGUUGUUUUGUUUUCCAGGUGCGUGUCAAAGAAGCGUGGGACCACCUGCACUCCACUUUUAUCGUCUCGGCUCCUCCUUUUCCCGUUGAACGCCUGCAGUCAUUGAUCGCUCUGCUGUCGCCACAAUCUCAGCAGCCGACAUCGUUUAUUCUCAGCCUUUUAGUCAACUUUGCUGUUUUCUCCCAACAACCGCUGAGUGGAUCAACUGAGAUUUUUCAGACAGUACGGACGUGAUUUAUUAUCUUUUCCUUUAAGAUAUGUUCUUUGAUUCUUUUUUUCCCCCAAAUUCAUAAUCCUAAUGUCCAGUGGUUAGACAGCCAUAAACAAUAAGUAAAUUCACACAUUAAUGUGUGUCAUUGCAGGUUUGUGAAGUGCAAGAAAGGUUUGGUCAAGGCCUAGAUGACUUGUGUGAGGCCUCUUUCUUAACUGAAACAGCAAAAUAUAAUAAUAUACACUCGCCGGCCACUUUAUUAGGUACACCAUGCUAGUAACGGGUUGGACCCCCUUUUGCCUUCAGAACUGCCUCAAUUCUUCGUGGCAUAGAUUCAACAAGGUGCUGGAAGCAUUCCUCAGAGAGCUUGGUCCAUAUUGACAUGAUGGCAUCACACAGUUGCCGCAGAUUUGUCGGCUGCACAUCCAUGAUGCGAAUCUCCCGUUCCACCACAUCCCAAAGAUGCUCUAUUGGAUUGAGAUCUGGUGACUGUGGAGGCCAUUUGAGUACAGUGAACUCAUUGUCAUGUUCAAGAAACCAGUCUGAGAUGAUUCCAGCUUUAUGACAUGGCGCAUUAUCCUGCUGAAAGUAGCCAUCAGAAGUUGGGUACAUUGUGGUCAUAAAGGGAUGGACAUGGUCAGCAACAAUACUCAGGUAGGCUGUGGCGUUGCAACGAUGCUCAAUUGGUACCAAGGGGCCCAAAGAGUGCCAAGAAAAUAUUCCCCACACCAUGACACCACCACCACCAGCCUGAACCGUUGAUACAAGGCAGGAUGGAUCCAUGCUUUCAUGUUGUUGACAAAUUCUGACCCUACCAUCCGAAUGUCGCAGCAGAAAUCGAGACUCAUCAGACCAGGCAACGUUUUUCCAAUCUUCUAUUGUCCAAUUUCGAUGAGCUUGUGCAAAUUGUAGCCUCAGUUUCCUGUUCUUAGCUGAAAGGAGUGGCACCCGGUGUGGUCUUCUGCUGCUGUAGCCCAUCUGCCUCAAAGUUCGACGUACUGUGCGUUCAGAGAUGCUCUUCUGCCUACCUUGGUUGUAACGGGUGGUUAUUUGAGUCACUGUUGCCUUUCUAUCAGCUCGAACCAGUCUGGCCAUUCUCCUCUGACCUCUGGCAUCAACAAGGCAUUUCCGCCCACAGAACUGCCGCUCACUGGAUAUUUUUUCUUUUUCGGACCAUUCUCUGUAAACCCUAGAGAUGGUUGUGCGUGAAAAUCCCAGUAGAUCAGCAGUUUCUGAAAUACUCAGACCAGCCCUUCUGGCACCAACAACCAUGCCACGUUCAAAGUCACUCAAAUCACCUUUCUUCCCCAUACUGAUGCUCGGUUUGAACUGCAGGAGAUUGUCUUGACCAUGUCUACAUGCCUAAAUGCACAAAGUUGCCGCCAUGUGAUUGGCUGAUUAGAAAUUAAGUGUUAACGAGCAGUUGGACAGGUGUACCUAAUAAAGUGGCCGGUGAGUGUACAACACUGAUGUUAGCCAUGUUCCCAUUUAAUGUACCAAAAACCGCACUUGAUUAUCAAAUUAAACAGAUUAUAAAUAAAUUAUAAAUAUAAAUCAUUAUUUAGAGGAAAAACACUCAUAGCUGACAUUUUCAAGCUUUGAAAAACGUUAAAAUCAACCAGCACUGACCUUUUGUUGCUUGUUAUUGUUACAUGACAAUGUAUUGAAGCCUUUUUGAGUUUUAGCCAAUUGGAAACUUUCCAACUCAAACUGUUUUAAGGAUUACAGUUUAACCAGGCUGAGGUUUUGGGACAUAAUUGUAGAUUUACAAUAAGCCGCAUAAUAAAUCAAAUCUAAAUCCUGAUCACAAUUUUGGCCCUCUCAGGAUUAAAUAACCAUGUUUGACGGUCAGAUUCAUAUUAUAAGUGUAUGCUCUACUGGUAAAAACCUCUGCUGAAUCAAACUGAUUGACUAAGCAGCUGGUCUUCAGUUAAGAAAACUGAGAACAACCCUUAUAGCAGAGCUGCACAUGAGAUGAGUCUGUGGGUUAACAGUGUCGAAUUGAAAGCUAGUGGGGCAAGGUAGCCACACUUUAAAAACCAGACGUCCCUGCAGCUCUAUAUGCAUGUGCUUCUUACACAUUGUCCUCAUUGAGUAGUUAUUCGCCAGAUUAACCAGACAUGCUAGACUUAAUUUUCUACAUCAGAAUGCUACUAAAACAUGUUGCGCUACAUGAUACCAUCUAUGUGACGUGCUUGUUUACAUCCAGGUGGUACAGUAUUGAAGCAUUUUAGUUGUAGCCAUUAACCAGAGUAACAGUCAUGGCUAGUAGCAGGUUGCUGUGACCCAUUAUAUGAUUGUCUAUAACUGAAUGGGCUGAAUAGUAAUGUGAAGUUGUGUAGUUUUUUGCUCAUUUCUUACCCAGUUAUAUCAGAAAUGGAGCUGCUAGUAAUAAUACCAACGUUGUUCAGUUCUGGAAAGAUUUUUGGCUUCAACCCACAUCUCUUUGUCUUUGUCUUUGUGUGUGUGUGUGUGUGUGUGUGUGUGUGUGUGUGUGUGUGUGUGUGUGUGUGUGUGUGUGUGUGUGUGUGUGUGUGUGUGUGUGUGUGUCCAUGCAGGUGGUGGACGGGUCUGGUCUGGUUGAUGAAGCAGCGAGUCUUCUCAGCUCACUGGAGCUCAAACUGAACGGAGGAAGCUGUUUAUCAGGCGAUGCUAACAGAGUUCAUCUCAGGAUCAAAGCUCUUCAACACACACUAACACGUAUGCACACAGCAGCGAGCCAUGCUGAGAACCCAGCACACACUUACACAGUCUAAAACAGGUGAGAGUGCGCGUACCCACACACACACACACACACACACACACACACAUAUUCAUUAAUGCAGAGAACCACACAUCAGUGAGUUCAUCCUCGGCUCAGGGUUUUUUCAAGGCACCUUCCCAGAAUGACAAAUAGCCGCUCUCAUUGUGUAGAUACGCUGUGGUACAAUGACAGGAGUGUGUCAAAACAGCCCAGCGGAGGACAGAUUAUUUGGAGAGGCAGCAAUUAUACGCACACACACAUAACACAACUACAAGGCUCACAAGGACGCUUGAGCAGUGACAGAUCAUACUGCAAAGAAGCAGCAGCUCGUACAGCAUGUCAGAGUCCUCCCACUCACAUAAUUGUCGCACAACAUAAAUCCUUCACGCUAUACAUGCUGACUGAAAGGCAUUCAGGUUUAGGUUUCAGGGACGGGACAAACAGCAGUUCUCUCUGGAUGAUUUCUGUUUGUGCUUAAACGCAUGUGUGUUUAUAUGAAAUAGGUAUUCUGAGUAAUGAGUCUUUUGUGAAAUGUAAAUAAUUGAACCGAGUUCUCUACAAACAUUCUGUUACUGCUUCAAUAUUUAUGGAGAUGAAAAUGACUCUGUUUUCAAAUGCCAAGGAAAUGAUUAAAUCCUCAAUUUUAUUUUCAUAAUUCAUGAUCAUCGGUAUUUUGUUUGACAUUGGCACAAGGUGUUCUUGAUUUUUGAAGAAUGUAACCUGACAGCAGAUUUGUUUUUCUCACCUUUUUAAAUAUCAAACGGGGCUUAAGAUUGGAGUGUUUUAGGGAGCUCCAUGUACCGUUUAGACCUUAUCAUCAUUUAAAGUAAGAGCUGUACCAAUUUUGAAGAUUUAGCUACAUAACAUGGCUAAAUCAUGUUCUGUAUGAUGAAAGUACUACUACCAACCCUGCAUUGGAGGAACUAAUAACAUAGGGGAAAUGUGACAUCCAGUUUUCUUCGUAACGAUUAAAUAAAUGACGGACAAACCUGGUUAUAAAAAUAAAA